AUGUUUUUAAUAAGGAAAAGCUAUGCCUUGCCUGCAUUCUUUCUUACCUUUUUUAUAUAUCUCUUUUUCAAUUCCUUACCGCCAGGCGCGGAAAUAGCCUAUACUGAACACCAUCCACAACAUCCACACGAAAGCGUCACCAAGCCUCCAAAAGACGACAAUAGUAUACGUUGGACCAAAAAUGAAGAACAGUAUCCGAUUUCCGAUUAUUUUCCCCUGCCAACCGCCUCCCCAUCUCCGAUCCCUCAAAUCCAGUACAACUUCCCUUCGGAAUCAUGGUUCACUCGCAUGUUGCGGAAGCGGAAGCAGAGCGCGGUAAAGAAAGCGUUUGAGCAUGCAUGGGAUGGGUACAAGGACAAUGCCUGGAUGCGGGAUGAACUAUCGCCUUUGAGCGGGGGAUACAGGACCUCUUUUGCCGGCUGGGCAGCUACACUGGUCGAUUCUCUUGAUUCGCUGGUUAUCAUGGGCCUUAUGGAUGAGUUUGAGGAAGCGUUGCAUGCACUUGAGCAUAUCGACUUCUCAACAACUGAAUCAGUUCAAAUCAAUGUCUUUGAGACUAACAUCCGAUAUCUCGGAGGUAUUCUUGGUGCCAAUGAUCUUACACACGGCAAGUAUCCGAUACUUCUGCAGAAGGCGACUGAGGUCGCCGACUUUCUCUACGGUUCUUUUGAUACCAAGAACAGAAUGCCCCAAUCUCGAUGGGAGUGGACGAGAUCCGCAUCCGGGUUGGACGUAUAUCCAAGCCCAAACACAGUGCUCGCAGAACUCGGCUCUCUGAACCUAGAAUUUACGCGGAUGUCACAAUUGACCGGGGAUAAUAAAUAUUUCGACGCGAUCCAACGGAUUACGGAUAGCCUAGAAUCGGCCCAAAAUAACACUGAGGUGCCUGGUUUAUGGCCAAUGAUGGUGGAUGCCCGCUCGAUGCGGUUUAGUGACCCUCGAUACACCGUCGGUGCAAUGGCAGAUUCAACAUAUGAGUACCUUCCCAAGGAGCACAUGCUUCUUGGAGCCCAGACACAACAAUAUCAACGAAUGUACGAGACCGCAAUUACGCCGAUCAAGGAGCGACUUCUGUUUCGGCCCAUGACCAAGGACGGAAAAGAUAUUCUAUUCUCAGGGAACAUUUACGCCUCAUCAAAGUCCGACACGAAAAAGAUUGACCCGCAAGUGGAACAUCUCAAAUGUUAUCUUGGAGGCACAGUGGGAAUUGGAGCGAAAAUAUUCAAUCGUUCUGAAGAGCUGUCCGUUGCCCGGAAGUUGACCGAUGGCUGCAUCUGGGCGUACGACAUCAUGCCGUCCGGAAUCAUGCCUGAAACCAUGUACGUCAGUGCCUGCGAAGACGCAGAGAAUUGUCCAUGGGACGAAGGUAAGUGGUAUCAAGGCGUGCGGUCUCGUCCGCCUAAGCAUGCCAACAUUGCGGAAACCGAUGCGGCAGCUAUAGCCCUUAUUGAGGAGCUCCAGCUAUAUCCAGGUGUCACGCAAGUCGCGGAUGCACGUUAUAUGUUGAGGCCCGAGGCGAUUGAGUCUGUGUUCAUACUCUACCGCAUCACAGGCGACAAGAAAUACCAGGAUGAUGCAUGGCGCAUGUUCAAACACAUUGAGAAGACUACUCGAACGAAGUACGCCCAUGCAGCCAUUGACGAUGUGAAGAAGACGAGGCCGGCUCAAAUGGACUUUAUGGAGAGCUUCUGGCUAGCGGAAACGCUGAAGUACUUUUAUCUUAUUUUCUCGGAGCCAGAUCUCGUCAGUCUGGAUGAAUACGUGCUAAAUACAGAAGCACAUCCUUUUAGGCGCCCGUCAUAA